GCAAAUUGUUAAAUGGAUAUCCUAAAUAAAAACUCAAAUAUCUCUGAGUUCAUUCUGCUGGGACUUUCAAGUUCUCGAGAAAUCCAGAUAUGUUUUUUUGUUACCCUGAUUCUCGUCUAUGCCGCUAUCAUAGUGGGAAACCUCCUCAUUGUGGUCUCUGUGAUGUUUGAUCAUCACCUUCACUCCCCCAUGUAUUUCCUUCUGGCGAAUUUAUCAUUUUUUGACUUAUGUCUUUCCUCUGUGGCCACCCCCAAGGUGAUUUCAGAUUUCCUUAGAAAACGCAAGACCAUCUCACUGUGGGGCUGCAUGGUCCAGAUGUUUUUUAUGCACUUCUUUGGGGGUGGUGAGAUGUCUCUCCUGAUAGCCAUGGCCAUCGACAGGUAUGUUGCCAUUUGCAAGCCCUUGCACUACAAAACCAUCAUGACCCACAGGAUGCUCACUGUGUUCCUCCUGCUUUCAUGGGCAGUUGGCCUCAUACAUACCACAAGCCAGAUGGCUUUCACAGUGGGCUUGCCUUUCUGUGGUCCCAAUGUUGUAGACAGCAUUUUCUGUGACCUCCCCCUGGUCAUCAAGCUUGCCUGCACUGACACCUACGUCCUGGAGCUCUUGGUGAUUGCAGAUAGUGGGCUCCUGUCCCUGGUCUGCUUCAUUCUCUUGCUCAUAUCCUACACCAUCAUGUUGGUCACCCUGUGGCACCACUCCUUCAGCGCGUCCUCCAAGGCCCUGUCCACACUGACUGCUCACAUCACUGUAGUUACUCUCUUCUUUGGUCCAGCUAACUUCAUUUAUGGUUUUCCAUUCAACAGUUAUUCUGUAGACAAGUUUCUUUCUGUGUUUUAUUCCAUAAUCACACCUUUCCUUAAUCCAAUUAUUUACACUUUGAGGAAUCAGGAAAUGAAGGCUGCCAUGAAGAGACUGAGGAGCCAACACAUUGUCAAACAUAGGAGAGUUACAAAAGCAGUGGUGUUUCUAUUUAUUAACAAUACACAAUCUAAACAAUUCAAGAAGCAAUACUAG